AUGUACUGGCAACUAACAAUCAAGGUGGACUUUGAAGAUUUUGACCUGAACAUAAUGACCCAAAUCAUCUUGAACGAGGUUGCCGACUCCGCAAGAACUCUUACCGAUCUGGUGAUCGAUUUUGAUCCUUCGAAAUACAACGAGGAGGAACUUAGUGAGCUGACCAGACUAGGUGAAAAGCUCGAAGGAAUUGGCGUCACGCUACUGUCUAAAGCAGAGUCGAAAUAUGCCUGGCAGGCUAGCGCAGGGCUCCGGUUUAAAGUCGCAACUGCUACUUCGAAAGUGAUUGCCAAGAAAGAAGUCCUACUGCCGGUGAGCUUCCGUCGAAGUAUUAAGGCCAUAUUCAUUGGGCCUGAAAGCUUGCUUCAGUCUCAAGGUCUUUGGCAAAAACGACACAAGAACUUUGAGAAAAGGUGCCAAAGACUUCGAAAACUAAGCUCAAAUGCGAUAAUUACUUGGGCACUUGCCUUCUCUCCUAACUCCUGGCUAGUGCAUAAUAUGCGCAAUGAUAUCUUUUCAUGCCUUAUCACUUUCGCUGAAAGCAGACCACCUAUGAUGUGGCCAUCAAAGGUGCACGAAGUACUUGAGGCUUUGCAAAAGGAUCCCGACCUUUCCCAGAACUUUCAUUAUAUCAGAUUUGUCUCUGGUAAGUUCCACGAAGAAAGUUAG